AUGAUAUUCCAACAUGAAGAAUUUGCUUCUCAUAUGUCAUUUCGAUUAAUGAACCAACAUGGUGUUAAUGAUCCUAUAAAGUUAAUAUCAAUGUGUCCAACAAUGGAUUUACUCGCAGUUUGUACUGAAACAGAUUCUGUUUGGGUAGCUAGGUGGUUUAACUCCCUAGAAAAAAUUUGGACUUUACCAGCUGAAAAACAUGACGAAGACAAAGUGGAGGUAUUAACGUGGAGACCCGACGGCAAAGUAAUUGCUUUGGGUUAUUCAAGUGGUGCCAUUAGACUUUACAACGUUGAUAAAUUGGAAAUGAUACAUGAGUUAUUUCCACAAUCUACUGAUCCAAAACUAAAAACUAAUUCAAUAUCAUCAUCCGCAAUAAAUUUUCUGAUUUGGGUUCAGGAGAAUGAAAGUGAUAAUGAAAAUGUGAACGAACAACAGAGUGCAAAAAUUAUAAAAGCUUCAAUUGCACCUGAUCUCUCUUACAUCAUAUUGUUUGUUCGCGCAAGUUAUACCUCUCCAGCCGUGAAAUCCAAAACUUCGACUAACGAUAAAUUAGUUGAAGUUAUUCUUAACACAGGCUUGCUUCACGCACGUAAAAAUGAAAUAAGAACUUUAUCUCAAACGUACACUACUAUCAAAUAUUUGACAGAGUAUAUAUUCGAAGGUUUUAAACAGAUCAAAGCUGAAUACGAAAAUAUGAAAUCAAGUGCCAAGAUAUAUAUUGAUAAAUUUCAAUCGGUAUUGUUAGAAAAUGAUGAGUUUGUGCAUUUUCUGGCCACUGGAAGACCGAGUUCUUUACUACAUAAAUAUUUGGAAAUGCAUCUUACUAAGAGGGGGCUGAAAGAUUGGGAAAAUAAAGGCCAAAAGUCUUUCGAACAAAUUCGGGAAUACAUACACCAUUAUGUUAGACCGGGUUGUGAAAGAUUGCUUUUACGGUUGAGUACGUUAAUUGGAUAUUGUAAAUGGCAACAAAGAUUUAAAGGUCUUGGACUAUCAGAGUCAUAUGUUCGUUCUAUUAUAGUUUCUACCGAAUGUCUCAUUAAUAGGCUCGAAAAUAUGUUAAAUGCGAUUGACGAAAAAUACAUAAAUUUUAUGGAGUUUCAACAGUGGCUUCAAUAUGAAUUCGACAAUAUCAGUUUAGUAGACCAUAAUCAAAGCCAAGAAGCACCGCCGCGCAUUGACAUUAGUAAGGUUGCUUCUUAUAUAAAAAGUUCCUUGCAUAUGGAUUUCUUAGAUGAUUAUUUUGAAGAAACAGCAGAUAUUCCUUUGCCUGACAUGUUAAUAUUGCGAUGUAAUAAAAUGUCCACUUCAACAGCAUAUAACGUUGUUAAUUCAGUUGAUACAAAAGAAUUUUUGGAUAUAAUUGAUAAUCUUAUAGAAGAUUCAGAAGGAACACUUUCGUUAUUAUUAGAUACGCGAAUUGUAACAAAAGAAAAUCAAACAUUUGUAUAUGUUGCAUUCUGUUUAUCUAGAACUAUUCAAUAUUUGCCACCGUCUUUGUGGGUUCUUCGUUCAUCUUUAAAAUCGGAAAAUGCAUUCGAUUCACUUGAAAAACCUUCUGAUAAACGAACAAGUGAAAUCACCUUCAUCAGGUUAUCAAACCAGGAGCGGCAAAAUGAAUAUCUUAGAAUUACAGAUAUGCGAUUAUUUGAUGAUGAAAAGAUGCAUAUAAUUGUUACUGGGCUUAAUGAAACAGAAAAUGAGGUAAGUUUUAUAGCUGAAGUGAACUAUUCAAAAUUAAAUUUUGUACAAGUUGCAGGACCACACAUCAUUCAAGUAAUAGAAAAAUCAAAUAGGGUCAAUGUUGUUGAUCAAAUAUUGAAUCAAAAGAAUAUGGAAAAUUUUAACUCUCUCUUAGUACAUCAGUAUCGUGAAAUCACACAAUUUAAGCCAUCGAAAUUAAUAACCAAUGGCGCAAGAAGAUUAGCUUGUAUUUUAAGUGAAGAUAAGAAAAGAAUAAUUAUACUCGAUACAAAUGAUCAGGAGGAUGAAGACGAAGAUAACAGUGAAAUGAUGCAGUUUUCGUAA